AUGGAUCCGCCAGGACUCAUGUCGCGCAGACCCGAAUCUCCGGGGUUCGCCAUCGCCGGGGCCUCUCCGGGCCCCCGCGCUAUCGCCGCAUGUGACGGGGACCCCAGCAGCGACCCGGGACGGGGCGCAGGGAGGUCGAGGAGGAGGGUGGAGGAGGACCCCUCCGCGGAGGGCGACUCGCGCGCGGGCUCCCGUGCGCUGCUGCUGCUGCAGCUGCCGGCGCGGAUCCCUGUGGAGCGAGCGAGCGUCUCCCUCCGUGGAUCUCGCCUGGCUCCGUGGCGCUGGACGAAUCAGAACCUUUACUUAUCGUGGGCGAAUCCGAAGAGCCCUUCUGGAGGCGGCGGUGCAUUGUGGGCCCCGCUGGUUCGCGUGACGUCGCCCCGGAGGAGGCCGCGGCAGCAGUCGAGCGGCAGGGCGCGAUCCGCUUGCAACGCGCAGCAGCAGCAGCAGGAGCAGCAGCAGCAGGAGGAGCAGCAGCAGGAGCAGGAGGAGCAGCAGGAGGAGGAGGAAGGCGCCAUGGGGAAGCGCGACACGAGGAUUGCCUGGGUAAAUCCCAUAGCAGCAGCCCGAGCCCGCGGGCCGGCCACCGGUGGUGGGAGCACCAUACAGGACUACCUCAACCGGCCGCGGCCGACAUGGGACGAGGUUAAGGAACAACUGGAAAAGAAGAGGAAAGGGUCCAGGGCUCUUGCAGACUUUGAGGAGAAGAUGAACGAUGAUUUCAAGAAGGAACUUGAGCAGCAAAGAGAGAGGCUACUGAACAGAAAGGAGGAGGUUCCUGUACCCACCCCAGGGUUGCUGGGAGUUCCGGGCACUCCGAACGUGUCCCUCAUCCCCGCUGCCUCGGGGGGUCCUUGCGUGCCGGGCAUCGUGGCGAUGCUGGCUGCUCAGAAGAAGCCACCAAAAGAGAAGAAGAAAAGGCACUCUUCAUCCUCCUCAUCUUCAAGUUCUGAUUCAUCUAGCAGCUCUGAAGAUGAAGACAAGAGCCACAGGAAGAGGAAGAAGAAAAAGAAGAACAAGAAGAAGAGGAGCAAGAGGAAGUACCAUUUUGUGGAGAAGAUGGCCGAAGAUUGCUCCGCGCCCGCUACCGUGGCACCGCCGCCGCAGCUGAUAGGGCCCAUGCCGGCGCCCGUGGCCAUGGGACCCAAGGCCCUGUCGGUGGCCCCGGGGCCUGCGUCCGUGUCCUUGCCCUCGGUCUCCGCGGUGAAAAAGGCGGCAUCACCGGCGGCGACGGCGGCGGCGGGGACCGCAUCGGCAGCACCGGCGCCCGUAGCGCGUGAACACUCGGUGGAUAGCGAGAGCUCCAAGUCGAAGAAGAGGAAGAAGAAACACAAGAAGCACGGCAAGAAGAAGCGAAUGCGCUCCCCCUCCUCGCCCAAGUCCGGCUGAUGUCGCCAGACCCCCCACGGCAGAAGCUGUGGCCACCCCUCAUCCGUCAAGCAGCAGCAUCUCCUCGACCGCACACCGUUGCUCACAAAAACACCCACCACAUCUACCCUCUUCUUUAGUUGACUUGACCAAAAAUGUGAGUCCCCGUGGUCAACAAUUCAAUGAAGUUGUCCGGUGUGGUGGGCGUACAGGAGGGGAGGGGGGGGGGCGCUCCCCGUCCAGUGAUGCAGAGGUCGCCACCGGACACUCGUGCGUGCCAGCGCCGCACUGCAUGUUCAUUUUUAUUGCAUGGAGCAGGGAAAGUCGGGUGGUGCGGAGUGGGGGGGAGGGUGGCUUCAGAAUGCGGUGCAUGGCGGCAGGAAAGCCGGCAAGCGUUUUGCGGUGCUUCUUCACGGUGCCGUGUCUCGGCGCAAGUGCUCGGAGCGCCGGCCCAUCUGCCCCGGAUGCUUGGCGGGCUCCAGCUGGAUUUGGAGCCAGUUGGGGCACGCCGACCUCGCGUGCCCUGUCCAGUGACUCGUAUCAGAACAAGGGGGAAUGGGGGAGAGGAUCCCGCCGCUGAGGUUUUCUGGAUAGAUCCUUAGUCGCUGGUCAAAAUGCAAACCUUUUCGGACGGCGAAAGUGGCAUGCCUAAGACGAGAGCAAAUCUGAAUGAAAUGUCAACGCUCCAAAAUAAGGCGGUGGGCAGGCGGGCACGCACUUUGAUUGUUGCCAUUUUUAUCGGGUGGGGGGGCGGGGGGCUGCGCAUCGCUCCUUUCUCCGCACGCGGUUCCCCGGGCCGGCGGUGGACGAAGCGUGCGGUGGCUCCACCCGCCGGGAGGCGUUUUCCCCACGUGUGCAUGCCACGGGCGGUGGUGACGGCCGCGGUUAAUGCCAGCGAGUGAACCUUGUAUAUAAUAAGCUCACGGAGGUCGCGCGACGUGUGUGUAAGUAAAAAAAACAUGUCCACGAGAACCCUUUGUUUACGCACCCGUCGCGUCUGUAAGCGUCGAGUGGCUGUUGCAUGUUAGGGGUCUUAAGUGCCACCGUCGUCGCUACAUGUGGUGUGUAAUCUGUUCAUAGCGUAACAUAGGCGCAUUGUGUACACGGGGGGGGGGGGGGUUAGGGGAGGGGGAGUGGAGUUAUUUAUGAAGGUGUCUCGCGUCCACGCAUCACUGCUAUCGCUCUCUCGCAGGGGGGUCGGAGGGGGGGGUUGAGACGCAGUGCGAUUUGGACAACACGGACGCGCGGGGGGGGGGGCUUACGCAGCUGUCCGCGGGUGGGAUUCCUCAAUGGGAGCGCCUUCCUCCUCGCCGCAGUCUGUGGCUUCAUAUUGAAGUUGCGGAGCUUUCGCAGCGCUUGGCAUCUUGCUAAAAAAAUGUGCUCACAUCUUGAAAAUGGCAAAAAUCGUUAUUUUUAAAAUAAACUUUGCUCGCCUUGGU